UGUGUGUGCGUGUGUGUGUGUGCGUGUGUGCGUGUGCGUGUGCCCGCGCGUGUGCGCGCGUGUGUGUGUGCGCGGAUCCCACGUUUCUCCCGUGCCGAGCCUCCCCUGUCCGCUCCCACAUCACUCAGUGCCUGGCAUCUGACAGCACGGAACCUGCGCCGCUCCGCGCACACGCACACACACACACACACACACACACACACACACCGCGCACACCGCUCCGCCAUACGGCUCUGCGAGGAGGAGGAGGAGGACAGGACAGGGAAGGGAGGAAGCAGCCAGCCCCACAGUCUCUCCAGAGCUGCCUUUUUAAUAUAUACAGAUCUAUUUUGUUAUUUAUUUAUUACCGUUCUCUGGCACUGUGGGCGCCUUUUCAUUUGCUCCUGAGCUUGGAUGUUUGAAUCAAAGCAAAGCAAGUGUUGCAACAGUUAAAAAAAAAAAAAAAAAAAGCCAACCAGAAAAAAAAAAAAAAAAGAGAGAGAGAGAAAGAAAGAAAGAAACCUAGAUCUCUAAAAUAAAAUAAAAACCAAACAGGUUCCUAUCAGUGAAGUGGAAAGGAGGGGGGCAGGGGAGGCUUGAGGGGGGUGCUGGGGAAGCAGCUGAGAGGCAGAGGAACACGGCUCAGGAGCGUCUCAGGGCUCUCGGAUCUGGGGACAGAAGUGAGAUUGGAGAAAGUAGAGCGAUGCCAAGGAGGAAACAGCAAGCACCCAAACGGGCUGCAGGUUAUGUCCAAGAGGAAGAUUUAAAGGAAGAGGAAGAUAUAAAGGAGGAGGAGGAAGAUGACGAUGACAACAACUCCACUGCUCAGCUGCAGAGCAGCAAUGACACUGGCACGGAUGAGGAGCACGAAGUGGGUCCUGAGCAGAAAGGGAAUUUCUGCAGUUUCCAGAAUUCCCCUGUCAGUCACAUAUCCAACCAGGACGUGGAGAAUGAAUCACUGCUGAGUGACAGUAGUGACCAUGUGGCAGAUAUCAAAAACAUCUGCUCCAGGGAGCCCCAGGACCCCAAAAGCAGCGCCCACCCCAAAGGCCAGAGCGAAGCACACGACUGCAUGGAUAAAAUGACAGCAGUCUAUGCCAACAUCCUGUCGGACUCUUACUGGACAGGCUUGGGGCUGGGUUUCAAGUUGUCCAACUCCGAAAAGAGGAGUUGCGACAACAGGAACGGAGGGAACAAAGCCGAUUUCGAUUGGCACCAAGACGCACUGUCCAAAAGCUUGCAGCAGAAUUUACCUUCCAGGCCUGUCUCCAAGCCCAACCUGUUCAGCUCGGUGCAGCUCUACAGGCAGAGCAGCAAAAUGUGCGGGACUGUGUUCACAGGCGCCAGCCGGUUCCGCUGCCGGCAGUGCAGCGCUGCCUACGACACCCUGGUGGAACUCACAGUCCACAUGAACGAGACAGGGCACUACCAGGAUGACAACCACAAAAAGGACAAGCACAGACCUACCAGCUACUCCAAGCCCCGGAAAAGGGCGUUCCAGGACAUGGACAAGGAAGAUGCACAAAAAGUUCUGAAGUGUAUGUUCUGUGGUGACUCUUUUGAUUCCCUUCAAGAUCUGAGUGUUCAUAUGAUAAAAACAAAACAUUACCAAAAAGUGCCUUUGAAGGAGCCGGUACCAACCAUUUCUUCAAAAAUGGUCACUCCAGCCAAGAAACGUGUGUUUGAUGUGAACAGGCCUUGCUCCCCCGACUCCACGACAGGGUCUUUCUCAGACUCCUUCUCUCCUCAGAAGAACGCGAACCUGCAGCUCUCCUCCAACAACCGCUACGGGUACCAGAACGGGGCCAGCUACACCUGGCAGUUCGAGGCCUGCAAAUCCCAGAUUUUGAAGUGUAUGGAAUGUGGAAGCUCCCAUGAUACCUUGCAGCAGCUCACAACCCACAUGAUGGUCACGGGCCAUUUCUUGAAAGUCACAAGUUCAGCUUCAAAGAAAGGAAAGCAACUUGUUCUGGAUCCUUUAGCUGUGGAAAAAAUGCAAUCGCUGUCCGAAGCACCAGCCAGUGACAGCCCUGUUUCAAAAUCAACCAGUAAAUCAUCUGCAGAAUGCAUAGGUCCUGCCUCUGAACUUAAAAAAGAAAGUAAAAAAGAUAAAGCUGAUGAUGCAAACAAAGAUGAGAAAGCAAUGAAAACUGAGGAGUAUGAAGAUACUCUUCAGAAACCCCUGGAUCCCACAAUGAAAUACCAGUACCUCCGAGAAGAAGAUUUAGAAGACGGUUCAAAGGGUGGUGGGGAUAUUUUAAAGUCCUUGGAGAACACUGUCACGACAGCCAUCAAUAAAGCUCAGAACGGAGCUCCCAGCUGGAGCGCGUAUCCCAGCAUCCAUGCGGCUUACCAGCUCUCGGAGGGAGCCAAGCCCUCCUUGCCUGUGGGAUCCCAGGUGCUCCAAAUCAGGCCAACCAUGACCAAUAAAUUGAGGCCCAUAGCACCCAAGUGGAAGGUGAUGCCUCUGGUCCCUAUCUCUGCAAACGUGAGCCAAUGCACUCAAGUGAAGAAGGAGGCUGAGGACAAGGAGGAGGUACAAAAGGACUAUGCUAAGGAGGGUGUCCAGGCUGAGCCGGCCUCGCUCAGCCAGAGCGAGAGGGAACCUCUCCUCAAAGCUGAAGUCUCUGUGGAGCCAAAAAAGACAGAACCGUGUCCCUUGAAAGAAGAAGACAAAAUUAAAGAGGACAGUGGAAAAGAAAAGCCAGUCCUCAAGGAGCCACCAGCAGCUUCUCUCAGUAAUGGCUGUGCUGCUGCCAAUCACUCCUCGGAGCUGCCCUGUGUGAACCCCCUGAGCGCCCUGCAGUCCGUCCUGAACAAUCACCUGGGUAAAGCCACCGAGCCCUUACAGCCUCAAUCCAACUGCAGCCCCAGCUCUAGCACAAUUUCCAUGUUCCACAAACCCAAUCUAAACAUGAUGGAGAAGCCAGUUUUAUCUCCUGCUCCAACCCCACCAAAGCCUGCAAGUGUAUCCAGGCACUAUUUGUUUGAAAACAACGAUCAGCCUAUUGACCUGACCAAAUCCAAAGGCAAGAAAGCUGAGUCAGCUCAAGCACAAUCUUGUACUUCUCCACCUCAAAAGCACGCUCUGUCUGACAUCGCUGACAUGGUCAAAGUUCUUCCCAAAGCUACCACACCAAAACCUGCUGCAUCCUCCAGGAUCCCGUCCAUGAAGUUGGAAAUAGAUGUCCGACGCUUCGAGGACGUCUCCACGGAAGUCUCCACUCUGCAUAAAAGGAAGGGCAGGCAGUCAAACUGGAAUCCUCAGCAUCUGCUUAUUUUGCAAGCUCAGUUUGCUUCCAGCCUCUUCCAGACAUCUGAAGGUAAAUAUUUAUUAUCAGACCUAGGCCCACAAGAGCGCAUGCAGAUUUCCAAAUUCACUGGACUGUCGAUGACCACCAUCAGCCACUGGUUGGCAAAUGUCAAGUAUCAACUUAGGAAAACCGGAGGAACAAAGUUUUUGAAAAACAUGGACAAAGGACAUCCAGUCUUUUAUUGCAGCGACUGUGCAUCUCAGUUCCGAACCCCCUCUACUUACAUUAGCCACUUAGAAUCCCACCUAGGUUUCCAAAUGAAAGACAUGAACAGGCUGGCUGUGGAGCAGCAAACCAAGGUAGAGCAAGAAAUCUCCAGAGUUUCAGUUCAAAGAUCUCCUGAAACAAUAGCUGGAGAAGAGGACACAGACUCUAAGUUCAAAUGUAAGUUGUGCUGUCGGACAUUUGCGAGCAAACAUGCAGUAAAACUUCAUCUAAGCAAAACACACAGCAAGUCACCAGAACACCAUUCACAAUUUGUAGCAGAAGUGGAUGAAGAAUAACUCUUAAGGACCAAUGCCUUAGUCCAGCUCGCCCGCCCAGCUCCGCGCCCGCCCCGCUCGCCACCGCGGCCCUGACAUUGAACUCACAGCAACCCGGACCGAGGAGGCUGCCAAAAAACUCCUGCUAUUCUUCUUCAUCCUCACUAACAAUUUGGUAAUGAAGUAUUGAUUUCCACUCCCCUGCUUAUGGACGAUAUUAGAUUUUCAUUGAUAAACUGCACUGGGGCUGUCUGGUCUCCACUGUCCCUUUUUGCUGUCACUAAAACAAAGUGCCACUGAAGUAAGAUAAUGACUGAGAACAUUGAUGUACUUAUUUCGUCAAUUUGUAACACUUGACAGGAAAAAAAAAUUCUUCAUAGUUUAAUGUCCAAGCGUGCUACACAAGAUGCAGUCACAUUGGAAGCUUUACUUUUCAUGGUAAUGUCCAUUUCCUAUUUAUAACCCCUUUGGGAUAGUUUGUCUAAAGGAAAUGUUUCUAUUCUGUGCAGCUAUUACUGUUGCACCUGGGUUGCCCAAUCCAGUCAUUGCACUAGGGAUCAAUACAUCACAGUAAGUACAAGAAUUAUUAAGUUAAAACAGAUUCUGAGCCAAAAAACCUCUGAACAAUGUUAAUCUUCUGUGCAAGUUGUUCAAAUAGUUAUGCUUAACCAUGUUGCUGCCAAAGAUUUGUUUGAAAUGGAUUAUUUUCAGUUUGUUUUAUUCCUCAGAUAUAUAUAUAUAUUUAAAUCUCCAUUACAGUUUAUGACUAGACAUAUGGGAUGGAGGGAUUUUUAAACAAAAGUACUAUUGUUAGAUUAUUGAACAUUAUAUAAAUAUAGAUAUAUCUAUAUAUAAAUAUCACUAUAUAAAUAUCUAUAUAUAGAUAUAAAAGAAUAAAAGUAGAAUUCCUUUCUCAGUUAGGUGAGUGUAAAGCUGAAACUCUGGUGUAGUCAACAGAGUGGCUUUGGAUUUGUGCCACCAAAACUGGGAUCAGAAUCUGGUGUCUGAGCAUUGUCUGGCCCGACCAGCACCGCUGGCCAAGCCUUCAAACCCACCCCGACCUGGGAGAAGGGGGCUACAAAAAUGGCAAUUUCAAAUUUGUGCUUGUAACUUUUUUCAUUAAAACUUCGAGGGCCCAAUUUUAAUUUGUGGAAUAUUCACGUUAAUAAUGAGAUCUAAUUAAGACAUCCAUUAAAAGCCCGUUAAAGUUAAUUUAACGUAAAAAUUCCAAUAGAACUGUAUUAGAUUUUCUCCAUUAAAUUAACGUUAUGGAUUUUUAACGGAUGUCUUAAUUAUACAUUAUUAUUAACGGGAAUACUGUAUUACACAGAUUAAAAUCGGGUCCCAAAUCAACUCCCAGAAUCUUCCAGGAUAUGCCAAUGUCACGAGUCCCAGUGUUCCUAGUGCACUGCUUGGAAAUCCAGGCACAGCCCUGCUUGCUCUCGCUCAGAGAAAACAACCUCCAGUAGACAAAUCCAUCUCUGCAUUUAACGAUGAACUUCCCCUAGUCUCCAAGGAAAAAUAAGUCUGGAUCAAGUUGUAAAUCGCUAUUCCGUGGCAAAUGAAAUAUUCAAAGUAUGCGAGGCACAAGUGGAGAAGAGGCUCUUUCUCAAAUCAGAAAGGGCUUUGGAGUGUCUUUUCCUGUUGUUUUGUUCAAGGAUAUAAUUGAAGUGCAGCAGUCACAAAAUCAGACUAAAUACAUUCCCUGCAUUCCCUGUGGCCUGUGCAGAAGGGCCUGUUUUGGCACUGCUUGGGAAAUUUUGACAUGAUCCCUAAACUCAACAUGGAGGAGAAAAAAAGGCCCUUCUUAUUUACCUCCUAGGGAAAGUGUUGCCCUUAUGCCACAUAUAAUCGCAAAUUGCUUUUUUUAUGGCAUGCAUAACCUAGAUGGGAAAAAAUAUGGCGCUUGAAGGAAGGAGGGAAAAAGUAAAUGAAGUUCCAGGAAUGUCAUUCUGAAGUAAUGAGGCAUGGACAGAAAAUAUACCCCUCACAUCAUCGGAUUGAGAUGGCAGUCGAAAUAGCUUCAUUGAAGUGUCAGCACUCAUCCAUCAAUCAAUCAUCCACAAGGAAAAAUAGCGACAGUACAACGGGGCGGCUUUUAUGGGAUUUACUCAUGGGCAUAGGGAAUAGCAGCUCAAAUGUAGUUCUGACAUGAAAAGCAAGGUGCUGAUAUUAUUUUUUAUGAUGGGAGGAUCAUAAAGUGAAUUGAGAACAGUGAGGUCUGUCUUUGCUUAACCUAUUCAACUGGAAAUGAACGGAGCUCAACUGGAAACGAGCAGAGCCUUCAGAUGGGUUAAGAUUGAAGCCUGCACCGUGCUGAGCACUGGCCAUCGACAACAAAAUUCUAUUAAAGCAAAAUCAAUGCAUUAGCAUCGAGCUCCUCAGAAGCUGUUAAAUUGCACAGCCCAGGCUGGAGUUAUGAAGUUGCACAAGGUGGGGCCUGUGGUGCCGACCCAAAUGCCACGAGCACCGCAGAAAAUCACCCGGGGGAGGAAUUGCACGUGUGGCUCCUCUCCCCGAGCUUUUGGGUGCAGGGAGAAAAUCUUGGGCUGCUCGCAGCAUCUACAGGUGAAGCUCCCAGCCCUGGUCUCUCAGGGCCGGGAGUUUGGCUGGGUUUUAAUAGGAUUCUCCAUGCAGCAAGGCCAAGCUGUAGGAAUUCCUGCAUGGAAUUCCUGCACGAGGAGCUCUUGGGAUCUUCUUCCCACAAAAAGGGGGACUGGGGUCCCCAGCCAGCCCACAGCACCCAGAGCUGGGGCUGUUUGGAGCAGCAGCUGCUCAAUUUUGGCAGGAAACCUUUAUGGUGCCCCCAGGGUGACCAUAGGGUUCACAGCCCCACCAGGGACCCCGGAGCUGCAAAAGUCUGGGGAGAUUUUGGGAAGGCCAAACCCCCUGAGGGAGGUCAGGUUUUGCUCAGGAGUCUUCACUUUGUGGGAGCAGCUACUCUGUUUAAAAAUCUGGCCACAAACCUUUAUCACACGGUGCUAAAGUUUGAUCAUUUUACCUGCAUUGCUGUCCUUGGGGAACGUUUUAGGUACACAUUUGAAUUAAGUGAUUUUGGUUGGUUUUUUUUUUUACAAUACGAUAUAAAAAAAUGUACAUCUCUCUUUUCUCUGUAUGAAACUGGAUGAGUUGAUAGUUUUUCUGUCAUAUAAAUCAGGUAGCACAAAAAAAUCAUUGCAUCUUUUCUCUGUCAUCGCUACUCAAUAUCUAUCGUUCUGACUUUUAUUCUUAUUGGAGAUCAUCAAAACAUUAAUUAAAAGCCUGGUGAUCAAACAGCAGAAUAUUUAUGAUUCACGCCCUUGCUUAUUAACAAGUGGCAUAUUGAUACACCACAUAUCCAAGCUGUUUAUGCUCUUGCACUGAAAUAAAGCAGGAAGAGUUGUUACCCUUACACACUACUUUGAAAGAUUUAUUCAGAGACCACAGCUCCCUUCCUGCCACCAUCCAUGUCAAAAUAAGCCAUAUCACCUGAAAAAAAAAUGUUUUGUUUUAAAACAGGGAGAUGUAAUUAGCAUCCCUUUGGGGCCCAAUAUAUAAGAAUUUCAGUGGAUCAGACUCAGGUGUUUUUUCCAGGUUUUUGUUACUUAAGCUGAGAGGGAGAAGGACACUUAACUUUAAAAAUGGCUGUCAUAUGUACAAUAAUAAUUGUUGGGUUUAAAGAAUAUCUUUGAGAAUCUGCUAACAAACCUGCCCAGUAAUUACUUGUCAAUGCAAGUUAUUAUGGGUUUUAUUACCUACUUGUAAAAGUAUUUACAAGACUGACCUCCCUAGCUUUUUUAGAGAUCAGGGAGGAUAUAAAAAGUCAUUUUAAAAAUCAAUAAUUAUAUAUUAGCACGAUAGGGGGUGAAGCCUUCCAAGCCAGUUUUACAGGCUGUUGAGUCAACUCUCAUGCAUUCAAAUAGCAGGAUUUUUUCCCUAAUUUUUGGCUUCUUUUUCUUUCCUUAAUCAUGUUUUGAUAAAGUGCCAUAUUUAUUGAUUUCUUCAAACCCACAGUUCAGCUCCUAAACCAGAAGGGGAUAUUCCCACUGGGAAGCACCCAUGCAGGAUUUGCAUGGAAAACCAGCUGCCCUGGUGACCAGGAAAAAGGAAUAUUGGGGUUUUGGGUGGGAGCUGCUGGGGGGACACUGGCUCUGUGCUGGUUCCCCAUGGCCUGAUCCAGGCUCAUCCCAGACACUCAGGGUCAUGCUGGGGAUGUUCUUUUGGGAUCAAACCUGCUAAGGACACAAGGGAAUGAGGAAGGCAGCCUGAUUUUUGGCAGAGAUUGAAGAUGUGGCUCUGUCCCCGUCCCCUCUCCAUAUUCCACCGUCACUCCGGGGCUGGCAGAGGGGGAUCUCCAUCACACAGGGCUUUUGUCCUCACCAACAGAUAUACGAUGCAAUUUAUAUUUAAAAUUCUCUCUAUAAAGACAGUAUUGAUCACAGAUUCCAGAUCAAUACGUUGCAAUUACAGCAGGCUUUAAGGGCCAUCUGUCCCCAGGCAGGAGCACUGAUAGAGCCACUUCCAUAGGCUGUCAGCAAGUGCUACUGGUAUGUGCCCAUCUUCUCCCAGCACAGCCUGACGUGUCAUUUCUGCUCCUAGGAAGUUGGUUAGGAAUUAUGGAGCUGUAACUCCUGGAUAUUGACCACCCCAGAGCCCCCAGACCAGCUUCUCGUUGGGUUUCACAGCAGGGUCAGUGACACUGGGGUUUUCCUCCCCUGGGUUUUCUGCUCCCCAUCACAAUUUGUCCCACAGGUCACAACUUUUCUUGUCCUCAGCUGGAAAUGGUCAGCAAGAAGUUCCUGAAUUUCACUAGAACUAAGAACAUUUCCCUAAUGGUGCUGAAAAGUUUCAGUUGGACAUUGUGGGUGCAAACAGAGCCUUUUUUAUGUCCCAGAAUCGUUUGGGUUGGGAAAGAUCUCCAGGAUCAUUGAUCCUUUGACCAUUUGGGUCAGUUUGGACCACAGCAAGUGUAAUAUAUCUAAACAUAACAAAAGAAUAAAGGACAUGCAUCUAAAGGCAGAUUUCAAUGGUAUUUAAUCAAUAAUGUCUUCAUUUGUCAGCAGCUGAACUCAGGAUCAGCCUGUUGGUUGAUGGCCCUGAGUAAGCCACUGGGUGGUCAUUCCAGAAAUGCUUCCUGGGAUUUCUUUUUUCCUUCAUUAUUUCCUGCAGAGGAAAACACACAGAAUUUACAAUUCUUAUCCUCCAGUUGUCUUCUGAAGGAAAGUGAAAGAAUAAAAUAAUUAAAAUAAUGGGUUUGCAGUGCUACUGGAAGCUGACUCACCUUUGCACCCCACACAUCCCUGUGACCCCCUCCCCUCCCUCUGCUGAAAAGCAGAGGCCAGAUUCUGGAUGCAUUUAUUCCUGGGUAAAUCCAGAGACCCCCUUUCAAAUCCAGCAGAUUUACCCUCUGUCUACCCAGCUCCAAAUGCCAUCCUCGUGCUCCCAACAUCAGGUUCUAAACGUAUUUAGGCAUUUUUGAAAACAAGCCCAGGAAACUUCAGUCCCUAGCUCCAGGCAAGUUAAAUCUCCAGCACUUGAGAAGGUUUUUAGUUAUGUCAGGGAGGUGAUUGCAAAACUUUGGUAUCGAUGUGACUCUGCUUGUAAAAAUAACACCAGUUGUAUCAAUAUAAAGCACUUUAUACUGGUACAGCUCCUUUUGCUCUGCUGGACCACUUUUAUCCCAGUGCAAGUACUUGCAUCCCAGUAUCCUGCAGUCUAGUGGUGGAUUUUUGCUUUCAUUCUGCCAGAAGAGAAGUGAAGAGUAGAUGGAGUUUCAGACGACACUUAUUUCUUGUACCAAAAUGUUUGCACAGUAUUUUCUUGGAGAGUAAUUUUAAAAGUGAGCUCACUGUACCACUGGACUUAACUGUAGAGUAAUAAACUUCCAGUUCAUCAUCCCUCUCAGCUCAUGAAAUGCCUUUAGUUCUUUGUAAAAAGCCCUGUUUGAGACAACAGAUUAAACACUAAUCCUGGCGGAUCGCACAGCUCACUUCAGUUCACACCAUCGAGCUGAGCAAACUUUUUUUUUUUCCUUUCCUUUUUUGAUCUAAGUAAAGGCAACAAAUUCUUUCAUUAGAUUCCUUAGAUGAGAUAGCAGGGGGAAAAACGACCAGUAUUUCGUGAAGAAAAUGAGAACAACAUCUUGCAAAAGUGCAGCCACGUUCAAGGCGGGGAACGCUUUCCCCAUCCCCACAGGGCAUCACGCAUCUCCUGCCCAGAAACGUGGGCAAUAUUUUCACUGAGAAGCCGGUCCAGGUGACAUUUCAGAAUGGCAAAUCUGUGUGUGUCCAGGAGGACGUGCAGGUGCACACACCAAGCAGCCAGGGCCACGCAGGGCUGUGUGUGUUUGUGCAUCCCUUCGGGAGCAGGCAGCUGGGCACUGCUGGCAGCAGGAACUGCAGGAUGGGCAGGGCAGGAGCUCAGCUCUGCCCACAGCAGCUGCUGCAAUGUGCAAUACAGGCUGCAAAAGCUGACAAGCUCGACAGUUCUCAUUUGGCUCAGGGUUCUUCUCUGUCCUAUGUCUCUGGUACAAUGCGCCCUUUUGUCCUGUCUUCUUAAUCCUUUGUUGGUCUUUUACUCUGAGUGUUUGUUUUGGGUUUUGUUACCUGGAACCAGGAGGGACCCAGCCCCAUUUCAGGCACAGUUGGCCACACUGGUGAAUCUGGAUGGGUUUGCUCUGCCCCAGCGCUGCUGCUCCCUCUGUGUGUUGUUGGCAGCAUCCUCAGGUUACACCUGUGACCCGUGCUGUUAGGAUCCUGUUUCAAAAACAAGAAGGAAAAUAAAGAAUCAAAAGCUCAUUUCUCUUUAAAAAAAAAAAAAAUGUAUAUACUCCAAAUGGCAAAAAAAAAAAAAAAAAGGCAAGAUUAAACCCAUUUUUUAUAUGAAGAACGCAGCCUCCCUGGCGAGAGGCCUGGUGGUGACUUUCCCUGGGAAUGUCUCGGUGCUCCUGCACUCAUUUUGGAACCAGUGCAUGCUGUAUAGAACAUAUUGCCUGUAACUCAGAGAGGAGGGGGCCAAGCUGCUCCUCCUCGGGCCCUGCAGCUUGUUUGGAUGAAAAGUUGCGCCUUUGAUGCAUUUUUAUACUGUACAUAUUUGUAUAUAUUAACUAUAUUGCCAUGUUAUGAACACAGAUUUUGUUAUAUUUGCUUGUUUCGGUUUCCUACAAAAAAAGAAAAAAAAAGGUCCAUAAUGGGGGAUAUUAUUUUUUUUUUUCCCAUAGAAAAUACUCUUGUAAUUUUUGUUUGUUUGUUUUCUUGGUCAUCAUCUUUUAAUGGCUGAUAAAGGAAUUAGAGAGGAGUUUUUGGAGGAACUGGAGAAGCAAGUCUGUGUUUGCAUGAGACCUGCCCAAUUGCUGGCUAGAAAGGGGGGCGGGGGGAAGAGGGGAAAUCUAAGUCAAGUUUUGCUUUUAAAGCAUGCUUAGUCCCAUGGGAAACUCAUACAUGUACAAUUAUUCUCUUUGUAUUUUAUCUAAUAGUGCCUGAAUUAUUUUUUUUAAUGUCUUCUUGGAGGAACAAUUCAUAAUUGUCAAAAUUUGAAACAUUAGCUUAAUUUUGUUUUCAUGACCUCUCAUUUCUUCUCCUUAUUUAUUUUGUUGCUGUUUAUAAUGGGCCCCAAGGCCAUCUCUGACAUUGCAGUGUUCUGCUUCCACAUUAAGGAUGUUUUUAAAAUUACCGAGAUUAUUGAGCCAACAGGCUGCUUUAAUCAAAACCAUGUUUCACUUGGUUUGGAUGAUUAUGAAUGGUCCUUGCAUGGAAAAAGCCCUUUCUGCUGGGAGGACCAUACCAUCUAGUGGCCCCAGAGCUUCAUCACACACAGGCAUCUCCAAUAUUCCCUUUCUCCAAGCCUGCCUGCCAAUUUGGCUUCCAAUUAUUUGCUUAUUAUAACUAACUUCAACUAAACAAAUUGAUAAUGUUAAUGGCUUCCCCCCCCUCCCUUCGGCUGAUUGCUAAAUAAAUUUGUAUAAUUUAUACUUGAGGAGAUUAUUGCUUUUAUUGUUUUGGGUUCCCCCACACCAAUUAUUAACAAUCAGGACUAUGUAUCUCAUUAAAUUUAAAUCAGGUCAAACCUAUUUAUCUAAGGCCUUUUCUGAUUUACAGGAAGAUGACUGCAUUCCAGAGCAUUUAAGAUGUAUUUCUGUGUAUGAUUUUGUAGCAUUGAAAUCUAUUAACGGUGAUUUUUUUGUUCUGUAUUUUCACCAUUGUAUUAAAAAAAAAUCCCUCAACUUUCCCCACCGAAAACAUUACUUUUUAUGCCCAGGGAUUUUUUUUUUUUUUAAAUAAAAUCACUGCAGUUUUAGAACUGUAAUUAAAGCCCUGAAUAAUAGAUCACACAUCUUUAUCUGUUGUGUUUAAAAGGGGAAAAAAAAAUAGCCCAAACUGUUCACAUAAUCCUGAAUGCCUCAUUUCCAUAAAAAAGCUUUCUAUACAUAUAUUAUUUACAUUUUUAAACAUGGUAAUUCUUCCCUUUGUGGCAUAAAAUGUCUCUUUUCCACUGCAGCUACUGGAAAGCGACUGCUCACAUCUGAAAUGUUAUCGUAAUUUGCAUCAGGAAACCCAACUGCAGACAUUAAGGACUUGGGUGUGUUCAAUUAUGAUUUUGCUGGAGGCUGUCCCUCAUUUUAAUGCUGCACUCAUUGAACCACCUUUCUGAAAUCUGGCUGAUACGGCUCACCACAGACACCCUUCACAACAUCAUUAGCUUUGCAAAUGGCUUCAUUUCACUCCACGCAGACUUCGGGGUUUUUUUGGCCAAUUGUAAAAUGGAAAUUUGAAAAGGGGGAGAGAAAAAAAAAAAGAAAAAAAAGAAAAAAAAAAAGAAAAAAAAACAGAUGCACUUAAAACAUGAAAAGAAUUAUUUAUAUGAUAAAAAUAUAUUUAGAUUUUCAAAGCACAAGACUGAACAGAAGUGCUCUUUUUAUGCUUUCUGAAGAUGUUACUGUUAAAAGUCUUUCUACAUCAGGCUUAAUAAAUCUGUAAUGACAUUUGA